AUGCAUAUGCUGUACAAUUGCACAGAAGAAUACUGCACAGAACUGUUAUGCGAUGAGAGCCACGCGAACCACCGAAUCGAUGCAGUCUCGAAUCGAGUGAUCGAGUUUCGCUCGGCAUUUUGUUUUUUUAUCAGGAUCUAUAUGAAAUUGGUACGUGAGAUGUUAGAGCUAAGGAUCAUGGGCUGCACUCAUAAGAAAGCGUUGCAUCGACAUAAAGCUUUGGACAGCGAGUUCGACAACGUAGCGGGGCCUGUAAUCGUCUUUCAGGCGCCAAAAAAUGUGUUGAGCAAUGAGGUUUUCGAUAGCGUGUCUGGCUACAUCAUUAUCGACAAGGCUUUAUGUGGAAAGAUCAUUACGGUGCGAGCCCACCACGUGAAAAUUGUGGGAUACCCUGUGUGCAUUGAGGAUGACAAGUAUCAUCGCAAUGCGCUUUUAUUUAAUAUUGGUUUUGUGUUCGAUGAGCAUGUGGAGACGAUGCCGUACCGACCAAUAUUGCGAAAGCUAGGAGCAUUGGUAGAAGGGAUGGAAAAGGAAAGCGGUUUUCUCUACAAUACAGAAAAGAAGGAGAUGCUUGGAACAAUAUUACCACAAAUUUUAAGGGACUUAACGUUGCAUGGAGAGUGCACUAUUCCGGUGGACACUGCAAACAUAAUAAACUUGAAACUCUUUCCAACAUUGCAAGAUCCUGCAUCAGUUUUUGAGUACCAAGUGCCAGUUGCGAUUCGUGACCUUCGUGCACUCCUUGAAAAUAGUGCAGAAUGGGACUUGGCUUUACAGCAAAUUGUGCCGUUCGUCGAUGGCGUUCGGUACGUAAAACGCAUCAGUCUGGAAGCUGAUGUAGAUAUUGCUAUCGUCAAAAAAUGUGUACAACAGCUUCUGUACUAUGGCUGUGUCACUUUAAUAGACAUUUUUCUUCAUUCAAACAUCUACACCACAACGACGAAGAUUGCUGGGCUUGCAAGUGAUCCCGAAUUGCAAGCCGAGUGCGCUGUCUACAUCGUAAAAUCCGGGCGUACACCGCCAUCAUUCGCACGAAUAUUUGCGCUGUAUUGUUCUGUCCAGCCAAGCUUGCGAGUAAGCGAUUUCUGUGUCGUAUAUUCUGAGUCACUUGCACAUAUCGACGUUCGGCGUUUUAUUACGUUCGGUCUCAUCCAUGGCUUUUUAAGACGUGUGCACCGCUUUCCGAUCUGUAUCGACCGCAAAUCGCCCGACUCGAGUCCACUGCAACAGCAUCAAUCUCAACAAUCGCAGCAGGCUCAGCAGCAAAGCGGACAGCAAAAAGGUCGUUCUUACGCCUUGUCUUCCACCUCUCCAUUACUGUCUGGAUUGAAUUCCGUGAGCGUUGCAGCUUCAUCGACUCUGCCAGGGGGCGGAGUUGGCGGAAUGAAUGCAAAUGGCGUUAAUAGCACCUCAAAUGGACUUGGGAGUAAUGUUCUUUCAAUGUCAUCAAAACGAGCGCUAAUCAGCAAGGCUAAUCAUAUAGAGAAGGACGUCCUUCGAUUGAUGGACGGCAGCCACCAUACGGACGAAAUAUGUACCAAAUAUUCACUGCGCUAUACUGAUGUCGAGUCCAUUAUUCAGGUGACACCCCACUGCUUUGCUGUGCACAAAUAA